CGUGUCUUGUUUUCUUUUCAGCUUUGAAGCGUGCAGACCCGCCACUGCUAUGGGAGACUCUGUUGUAGACCCAGCCCGAGGGACAGGCUUGGACCAGCUGCCCGGCUCAGCGCCCCAAGGGAAUGGCGGGACGUCUCUCAGCGUCAUCACGGAAGGUGUCGGGGAGCUGGCAGUCAUCGACCCCGAGGUGGCGAAGAAAGCCUGCGAAGAGGUCCUGGAGAAGGUCAAGCUGAUGCACGGCGUCUCCUCCGACAGCUUAACAAAACUGGUCGAUGGCAGCGAGGCAGAGCGCGCCCCACGGACCGCGGUGGAUUUGGCCAAUGGAGACAUCGGGGAGGGCUGUGAAAUCAAGUGCUUGGACGACCCGCCCGGCACGGCCUCCAAGAUCCAGGAGGAGGACGAGACCAUGGCCAACACGGUGAAAACCGCCCGGAAGCGGCAGAAGAAUAACUCUGCUAAGCAGUCCUGGCUCCUCCGGCUCUUUGAAUCCAAACUCUUUGAUAUCUCCAUGGCCAUUUCAUACUUGUACAACUCAAAGGAACCUGGUGUGCAGGCUUACAUUGGGAAUAGGUUGUUCUGCUUUAGGAACGAGGAGGUGGACUUCUACCUGCCGCAGCUGCUGAAUAUGUACAUUCACAUGGACGAGGACGUGGGGGAUGCGAUCAAGCCCUACAUUGUGCACCGCUGCCGGCAGAGCAUCAACUUCUCCCUGCAGUGUGCCCUGCUGCUGGGCGCCUACUCCUCGGACAUGCACAUCUCCACUCAGCGACACUCCCGCGGGACCAAGCUGCGGAAACUCAUCCUCUCGGAUGAGUUGAAGCCAGCUUACAAGAAGAGGGAGCUGCCGUCGCUGAGCCCGGCGCCCGACAUGGGGCUGUCUCCUUCCAAAAGGACUCACCAGAGGUCCAAGUCGGACGCCACCGUUACCAUCAGCCUGAGCAGCAAUCUGAAGCGCACAGCCAGCAAUCCCAAAGUCGAGAGCGAGGAAGAGCCUGUCAGACUUGCUCCCGAGAGAGAAUUCAUCAAAUCCCUGAUCGCCAUCGGGAAGCGCCUGGCCACCUUGCCGACCAAAGAGCAGAAGACCCAACGGCUCAUUUCGGAGCUGUCGCUGCAAAAGCUGCCGCGGCGCGCCUGCCUCCCGGCGGCUGGCUUCGACCAUCACGUGGUGCGGGUGCCCCACACCCAGGCAGUCGUCCUCAACUCCAAGGACAAGGCUCCCUAUUUAAUCUACGUUGAAGUACUUGAAUGUGACAAUUUCGACACAGCGAAUGUGCCCGCUCGGAUCCCCGAGAACCGCAUCCGGAGCACCCGCUCGGCUGAGAACCUCCCCGAGUGCGGGAUCACGCACGAGCAGAGGACCAGCAGCUUCACCACCGUCCCCAACUACGACAACGACGAUGAGGCUUGGUCCGUGGACGAUAUCGUGGAGCUGCAGGUGGAGCUGCCGGAGAUUCACACCAACAGCUGUGACAACAUCUCCCAGUUCUCUGUGGACAGCAUCACCAGCCAGGAGAGCAGGGAGCCCGUGUUCAUCGCUGCCGGAGAUAUCAGGCGGCGGCUCUCGGAGCAGCUGGCGCACACCCCCACCUCCUUCAGGAGGGACCCCGAGGACCCGUCCGCUGUCGCCCUGAAGGAGCCCUGGCAGGAGAAAGUCAGGAGGAUCCGGGAAGGGUCCCCCUACGGCCACCUGCCCUCCUGGCGCCUCCUCUCCGUCAUCGUCAAGUGCGGGGACGACCUCCGGCAGGAGCUGCUCGCCUUCCAGGUCCUCAAGCAGCUGCAGUCCAUCUGGGAACAGGAGCGUGUCCCGCUCUGGAUCAAGCCAUACAAAAUCCUCGUCAUCUCCGCCGACAGCGGCAUGAUUGAGCCAGUCGUGAAUGCUGUGUCCAUCCACCAAAUCAAGAAGCAAUCCCUGCUUUCGCUGCUGGAUUAUUUCCUGCAAGAACAUGGCAAUUACAAUACCGAAUCCUUCCUGACGGCCCAGAGGAAUUUCGUGCAGAGCUGUGCCGGUUACUGCCUGGUGUGCUACCUACUGCAGGUCAAGGACAGGCACAACGGCAACAUCUUGCUGGAUGCGGAUGGACACAUAAUCCACAUCGAUUUUGGGUUCAUCCUCUCCAGUUCCCCCAGGAAUCUUGGCUUUGAGACGUCUGCCUUCAAACUCACCACGGAAUUUGUGGAUGUGAUGGGCGGGCUGGACGGGGACAUGUUCAACUACUACAAGAUGCUGAUGCUGCAGGGUCUCAUCGCUGCCCGGAAGCACAUGGAUAAAGUCGUGCAGAUCGUGGAGAUCAUGCAGCAAGGGUCGCCGCUCCCCUGUUUCCACGGCUCGUCCACCAUCCGGAACCUGAAGGAGCGGUUCCACAUGAACAUGACGGAGGAGCAGCUGCAGCUCCUCAUCGAGCAGAUGGUGGACGGCAGCAUGCGCUCCAUCACCACCAAGCUCUACGAUGGCUUCCAGUACCUCACCAACGGCAUCAUGUGACGGCCGCGGGCCUCCCUCUCCCAGAACGGCGCCGUGCCCGGCCCAGGCCUGAGCUUUGCCCCCGGGGACGAGGUCUCGGGCCUCGAUGGUAAAAAGGAAGCCGAGUCUCAGCACCUUCCCGGGGCUGCUUUGGCCAAGACUCCUCAGCAAAAUGAAAAGGAAAA